AAAAAAACUACCCACCCAUUUCACUGAUAUAAAAGCUGAAUAAACUGAGUAAAUUCAUCAGUUGAUGUUGAUGAAUCAAUAACAAAGUGUUCUGUUGAUCUCUACCAAAUCAAAUUUAAGAAUAAGGAAGUUGUGCCUUUGAACACAUUGGAACUCAACUGCAUUCAUGCAAUAUUGGAUGCAAAACUGGUAACGACCGUGUAUGGAGAUUGUAUUCUUCUAGAACUUGAAGAUAAUAAGAUUUUUUUACCAAAAAGAGCAACGUUGGUUUUGAAAGAACAUUUGGAUGAGCUGAACAGUCAGAAAUAUGGUAUCAAAUUUAUUGGAAUGAAGGAGAUCAUAGGACUCACAACAUCAACACCGCUGUUCCAGAUUGAGUUGAUGGAAUAAUGGAGGUAUGUGACAUUUCUCUAUUCCAUAGAGCUAUGCAACUUCUUGUUCGUGAGAAAGACAUAAAUAUAAUAAGAGCUUGGAUACGUUUGAUAAAUAAGCAUAUUUGUUUAUUCAAUAAAAGUAUUGUCAAUAAUGUGGAUCAUGGGCAGAUAAUCAAAAUUCAAUCAGCUUUAUGUGAUUUGAAACGAUAUAAAAUACAACUGAAAUCUUCUAUUAAUUAUAAAGGACCAUCAACACCGCUGUUCCAGAUUGAGUUGAUGGAAUAAUGGACGUAUGUGACAUUUCUUUAUUCCAUAGAGCUAUGCAACUUCUUGUUCGUGAGAAAGACAUAAAUAUAAUAAGAACUUGGAUACGUUUGAUAAAUAAGCAUAUUUGUUUAUUCAAUAAAAAUAUUGUCAAUAAUGUGGAUCAUGGGCACAAAAUCAAAAUUCAAACAGCUUUAUGUCAUUUGAAACGAUAUAAAAUCCAACUGAAAUCUUCUAUUAAUUAUAAAGGAGCCGGAAUCAGUAGAAAACGGAGCGAUCGAGUGAAAUGGCAAGAUGUUUGUUCAUCUUUCAAGUGUCGGAUAAGAACAGGCGUAGUAAUUAAUUUAAAACAUAUACUUUUCACUGAAUUUCUACAAGAUGCAUUUCACCUCUUAAAACGAAGAGUACAAAUUGCUUUAAAAAAAAUGAUAUUGUUAAAAUUAAUACUGUUUUUUGUGGACAAUUUAUUAAAAAAAGAGGUGAUGAAGAACUGAUAGAUUUCAAAUAUUUUCCAACUAAAAAUGAAAUUAUCGAUAAAAGUACAAACUUGAAGGAGUGGUAUGAAAAAAAUGUAGUAGAUCCAAUAAACAUCAAACUCCAAUCGUUUCAAGAGAAAGAAAGUGGAUUUGCACUUCAUUCAAUAGUUGCAUUAGAAGUCAAUAUGAAUAAAGUUGAAAUAGGAAAUGGUGGAAGUUCAUUUAUACGUUUACCUGAAGAAAUAGCAUGCAAACGCGCUUGUAUAAAUAUUCAAAACUAUGAUGAUGAGUUUUGUUUCAUGUGGAGCAUCAUCGCAGGUUUAUAUCCAACAUCUGACUCACACAAUUAUAGAACAUCGUCCUAUCCUCAUCCGAGAACUAUCUUCAAAAUUAAUGAUAUUGAAUUUCCAAUAGCAUUUAAAGAUAUAUCUAAGUUUGAAAAACUGAAUGAAUUAUCAGUAAACGUGUUUUCUCUGCAAAUGGAUAAGCAUAAAAAAUUCACAGUAAUUCCCACACGCAUUUGUACUUCGAAAAUUCCAAAUAAACAUGUGAAUUUGCUACUCAUACAGAAUUACUAUCAACCUGAAAAUGUUCGAGAAGACAAUUCAAUCGAUAGGGAGAUAAAAUACCAUUUUGUAUAUAUAAAAAAUUUAUCCAGACUAAUAGCAGGUCAAGUGAACAAACAUAAAUGUAAGCUAUGGAUAUGUGAUCAAUGCUUGAAUUAUUUCUCUUCUGAUGAAAAGUUGAAUAACCACAUCAAACUGUGUUCAAAACAUCAAUCCUGUCGCAUAGAGUUUCCAGAAAAAAGUCAUAUUUCUUUCACUAACUACUGUUAUAAACAAAGAAGCCCCUUUGUUUUAUAUUGUGAUUUUGAAUCUUAUUUAGAACCUAUGAACGAAGUGAAAUUCAAUUCGAUUAGAUAUCAAAAACAUACGGCUAUAAGUGCAGGAUUUUAUUUGAAAAGUAUGUAUGAAGAAUUAAUUCCCUCAUUUUUCGACAGUUAUACUGGUGUGAAUUGCAUGGAGUGGUUUUCUUCUAAAUUAGCGGAAUUAACAGACACUUUAUAUCAAAAAAUUAAAUUUGUGGAACCUAUGAAUUAUUCAUAUGAUGAUGAUGAUUGUGAUGAUAAAACUAUUUGUCAUAUAUGUAGAAAAAAAUUCACACCAGACGAUAUUAUUGUUAAGGAUCAUGACCAUUUCAAUGGAAAAUACAGAGGACGAGCCCAUAAUAAAUGUAACCUGAAUUACAAAAAAAGUUUCGUUAUUCCAGUAGUGUUUCACAACCUUGGAGGAUAUGAUGCACAUUUCAUAAUAAAAGAACUAGCAAAACGUGGUUCUGUUUCUCUUCUACCUUUGAAUAUGGAGAAAUAUAUUAGUUUCACAAAAUAUGAUUCUGAAACAAAAAUACAGCUUAGGUUUAUCGAUAGUUUCCGUUUUUUGAACAGUUCACUUGAAAAUCUAGCUUCAUAUUUGAAAUUAGAUCAGUACACUGAGUUGAAAAAUCAAUUUUCUAAUUUGAGUGUAGACAACUUGAAACUGUUAACUAGGAAGGGUGUUUUUCCAUACGAUUACAUAGAUAGUAUAGACAAAUUAUGUGAACCCUGUCUGCCAUCUAGAGAAAAAUUUUAUAAUCAAUUGAAUUAUGAUGGGAUAAGUGAGGAACAAUACCUUCAUGCUCAACAGGUUUGGUCCACAUUCAAGUGUCAUACAAUGAAAGAUUACAUAAUGCUAUAUCUUAAAACUGAUAUAUUACUUUUGGCUGAUAUCUUUGAACAAUUCCGUGAUAGUUGCAUUGAAGAAUAUGAGUUAGAUCCUAUUCAUUAUUAUACUUUGCCUGGAUAUACUUGGGAUUGUAUGUUAAAAAUCACGAAUAUUGAAUUAGAAAUUAUCAAGGAUAUUGAUAUGUUACUCUUCAUAGAAGAUGGAAUAAGAGGUGGUAUUAGUCAAUGUUCCAAUAGAUUAUCUCAUGCAAAUAACAAAUAUAUGGGAUCUAAGUAUAAUAAACAGGAAAAAGAAAAAUACCUGCUCUACCUUGAUGUGAACAACUUAUUCGGAUUCGCUAUGAGUCAAUUUUUACCCUAUGGGGGAUUCGAGUGGGUUGAAACAAAUAUUGAUAUCUUAGGUAUACCUGAUGAUGCUCCUGAAGGUUAUAUAUUAGAGGUCGAUUUGGAAUAUCCUCAGCAUAUUCAUGAUCUUCAUAAAGAUCUACCGUUUUGUGCAGAAUCGCGGAUACCACCAGGUUCAAAAAUAAAACAACCCAAAUUACUAACAACUUUAUUUCCAAAGAAAAAUUACAUUCUACACUAUCGAAAUCUGAAACAAGCUCUUAGUCAUGGACUGAUACUCAAAAAAAUUCAUAGGGUCCUUAAAUUCAAACAGUCUGCCUGGCUUAAAGUUUAUAUUGAUAAAAAUACACUUCUAAGACAAGCUGCGUGUAAUGAUUUCGAAAAAAACUUAUUCAAAUUGAUGAACAAUGCUGUAUUUGGAAAAACUAUUGAAAAUAUUAGGAAACAUCGAACUGUUAAAUUAGUUAAUCAGUGGAAUGGAAGAUAUGGAGCGAAGAAUCUUAUUGCAAGUCCCCUUUUCAAAUGUAGAACAAUAUUAGAUGAUGAUUUGGUAGCAAUCGAAAUACAAAAACGACUACUUAUAUUUGAUAAACCAAUAUAUGUUGGAAUGUCAGUAUUAGAUAUUUCGAAGAUAUGUCUAUAUGAAUUCCACUACGAUUAUUUUUUACCUACCUUCAAGGAUUGUAUAUUGAACUAUGUAGAUACCGAUAGUUUAACAUAUGAAAUUAGUAAUCAAGAUCCAUACGAGCAAAUCAGACAAGAUUGUCCUACUCGAUUUGAUACAUCAGACUAUCCUCCUGAUAAUGUAUACAAUAUUCCAAGAGUGAAUAAAAAAGUUCUUGGACUCAUGAAAGAUGAAAACAACGGUUUGAUAAUGACAGAUUUCGUUGGAUUACGUUCAAAAAUGUACUCUUAUUGUGUGGACUCAAAAGAACUUAAAAAAAUCAAGGGAAUCAAAAAGAAUGUUGUGAAAAGUUUAUCAUUUAAUGAUUUCUUACAGUGCUUACUGAAUGAUAGUGUAAUGUAUAUCAAACAGAGAAAUAUAGUUUCUAAGGGUCAUAAUGUCUUCUCAGUAGAACAGAAAAAGAUUGCUCUAUGCUAUAAAGAUGACAAACGUUACAUAAUUCCACAAUCCCACAACACACUGCCUUGGGGUCAUUAUAGCAUUAAACAAUAAAAAUACUAUGUAUUUUUUUCUUCCAUAAGAUGAAAUCAUUCAUCUGCAACAUUGGAGAAGGUGCCAUACGAGAUUACUUCAGCUUCCAACCUGAACUUGUUGAAAAAUUUAAAGAAGAAUUCCCUCUCGAAUUUGAAGAAGCUAACGACAUCCCUUGCAAAACGUGGGUACUUAUGGGUAAAUUUAUUGCCUUCUUAAAAGGUCAAGCAAAUUCAUUUCAUUCCAUAAAUCUAAUUGUGUUCGAUUAUAAUGAUGUUAUAUUGAACUACUUCGAGAGAAGCAGAAAAUGGAGAUCAAUAAAUGAAAUCUUAAUAUUCACCAAUCAAUUUCAAAGCAAAAAUUCAAAAUUAAAGGUUAGUCUUGCAAAUAACUUUCCAUUGAAAACAACCAAUUUUUUGAUAGAUGUUUUUUGUUAUGUAGAUCUUUCAUUUCUGCAUCAUUAUAGUAAAAAAAUGUUACAUUUAGAAUCAGGUCUAUCGAUUGAUAUCAAUUAUGGUUAUGAAUCUGAAUAUUACCGUCAAAAGGAAGACCACUUGAAAAAUAAUACAAUAACGUACAAUCCUCCUACACUGAAAUUUCUUUCUAUGUGUAAAAUCUGUACAAAUCUGGCCAUUCAAGAUACUUUUAAGCACCCUUUGUUAUAUUUUUUUAAAAUGAAAAGUAAUGAUUUGAAACCGUAUGUUACAGAUAUUGAUUUAAUGUGUUAUGAAUCUAUGCCUCCAGCAGAUGAAUAAUAAUAAUAUCGAUACAAAAAAUUGAUAUGAAGUUCAAGUUUUCUCACACCUUUUUGAAUGUUGUUAUUAUUUCUAUUUAGAUUAAGAAUAUGUGUAUGUACCAAUAGUAAUUGAAACACCUUGUAAUGUUAAUAAAAUAUUUAAUAAAUAUAUUUUACAAACUCAA